AUGGAUCCCUCCAUCAUAAAGCUUCUUGAAGUCGGCGAGGGCAAAACGAUGGACAUAGAGGGUGAUGAUACGUCCAAUUCUCAACUCUCUGAUUCAGAUAGUGCAGCUUUAUCUCAAGGAAGCAAUCAGACUUCCAGUCAGUUGUUUCCGCAACGGCAAACUACCUGCCAAGGUCAACAAUAUCUGAAGGGUUCACUGCAACAGGAGCAACAUUCAUCUGAAUUGUUGCCGAAGCAACUUGGAUCUGGUUAUGAGAACCAGCAACCACAAAUUGAUACCUCGCAAGAGCGGGAUUGCUUCCCACUACAAGAGAAGCAAUCACAAAAAGAUUGUGAACAAUGGCAAGCUGAAGCAGAUCAAAAUACCCUGCAAUCACAUUUUUCUCAGACAAUGGAUAUGCAGAAUUCUGAGAAGAAUCCUAUCCAUGUUAGAGAGCCAGGCAGAAAACAAUAUCCAAACAGCGAAUCUCAAUACUCAAAAUUACAGAAGAUGAGUAAUCAACAUCCAAUGGCACCAGAGCAGGCAAUUAAUCCAAUGAAUAAGGGCAAACAAGUGCCAUUUGCACUUUUGCUCCCGGUCAUACAACCCCAACUUCAUACGGACCAAGCCAUGCAACUUCAGAGUCUUUAUAAUAAACUGAAGAAAAAUGAGGUCUCUAAAGAUGUAUUUGUUUGCACCAUGAGAAGUCUUGUUGGAGACCAGUUGCUCAAGAUGGCAGUAUUCAAAUUGCAAACACAGACUGCCCGAAACUCAGAGGCCGGGCCCAACCAAGUCUCUUCACAGUCUCAAACUUCAGUGCAACAACACCAUAUGAAACAUUCUGGUGUGGAUGUGGAGGCAUUCACUGCUGCUCUAAACAGGGACAUAGAGGGCAAUACGUCCAACUCUCAACCCUCUGAUUCAGAUAGUGGUAUGCAUCUCUGGAAGCUCUUCUCUGCUUUGAUUUAACUAUAUCACGGGUAUCUCAAAUAUUGAACAUUCGUGAACACUGAUUUGAAUAUAGAUAAAAAUUGAUAAAUUUAGGAAGAACAGCCCUUUAAAGAGAGAAUAAU